AGUUGCAUGGCCGAUUGGCCGGGUGUUGUAUUUUUUAGUGCUAAACCACUCCCGGUAUUAAUUUAGGUGUAAAACAAGCACAGCAAAAAUGGCGGUAAACGUAUACUCGACAAAUGUGACGUCAGAGAACCUGUCCAGACAUGACAUGUUAGCGUGGGUGAACGAAUGUUUGCAGAGCAACUUCGGCAAGAUCGAGGAGCUCUGCACGGGCGCCGCCUACUGUCAGUUUAUGGACAUGCUCUUUCCGGGUUCAGUACAAUUGAAGAGAGUGAAGUUCCGGACCAAUCUGGAGCACGAGUACAUCCAGAACUUCAAGAUUUUACAGGCCAGUUUCAAAAAGAUGGCUGUCGAUAAGAUAAUACCCGUAGAUAAACUGAUCAAGGGCCGCUUCCAAGACAACUUCGAGUUCUUGCAGUGGUUCAAGAAGUUCUUCGACGCCAACUACGACGGUCGCGACUACGACUCGCUCGAGGCGCGCGGCGGCAUGCUGAUCGGGUCGGCGGCGCCCACGGCGGCCGCCCACGAUCACGGCGUUGGCGCGACGGGCGGCGGUCAUCACGUGGUGCAACAUCACGCCCCGCACGCGCCCACGCCAAUGCCCAAGCAGAACAUCCAGGCCAGACAGCAGGGUACGCCUCUGUCUAGUUUUAGGGUCACUGUUUAUUUUAUAUGUAUCGAGAGAAUCGUGUCGAUAGACAGGCUGGUGAAGGGCCGCUUCCAGGACAAUUUCGAGUUUUUGCAGUGGUUCAAGAAGUUCUUCGACGCCAACUAUUCGGGCGCCGAGUACGACGCGCUCGGCUGCAGAGGCGGCGAGCCGAUGGGGAACGGGGGGGCCAACGCGCCCAAAGGAAACUCCCUGAUGAACAGAAGACCGGUGCACGCGAAUAACUCGCACGUGCCCACCUCGCCGGCAAAGUCCAAGCCCAUCGGGCGUGCUGUGCCAAAGGUAAAUCCUGUAAGACCUCAGGCAACAAGGCCAGUGGCAAGUAAAAUAUCAGGAGAUACGGGAAAACUCGAGGAUUUAAAUCAACAAGUUUCAGAGCUCAAGAUAUCAAUUGAUGGUUUGGAGAAGGAAAGAGAUUUUUACUUUGGCAAGCUUAGAGACAUUGAAGUUUUGUGUCAAGAGGCGGAAGGUACAGGCCCAUACAUCCAAAAAAUCCUAGAUAUAUUAUAUGCGACAGAAGAGGGAUUCGCGCCCCCCGAGGAGACAGAGGGCGGCGGCGGCGAUGAAGACGAAUACUAAUCAAUAGAAUAUAGAAAGCUACACGACGCCUUUUUAAAAAAAGAGAAUAUCGCCUUAAGUUAAAAUCUAUAGCUCAGUGGUAUUUGGGUACAUGAUUAAACUUGUUAUUCCCCUAAAUACUUCUCGAUCUUCAUUUCGUUUCGCAUACAGGGCGAAAUUAUUUAUUAUUGGUCAAUAAAUUUAUUUAUGUUAAUCAAAAUCUUUUUGACUAUUGAUCACUUAAUUUUUUCUUUGGUCUUGUAUGUAGUGUGUUGCUUGGGUAGACCCCAGCUGUUCAGCAAGAACAACUUUAUUUUUUAAAUCUUAUUGGGCAGUUGAGCUUUAUUGAAGCAAUUCCGAGGUAAAAAUUGAUAUCCCAGGUUUUUAAAUCAUUCGGUUAAGUUUAUUAAAGUAAUUUUAUAUAUGGUUGCUUAUAUGUGUGUACUGUAAAUUGUUUAAUGUUUUGCGAUCAUUUGUUUUUUUAAUGUGAACUGUUUAAUUGUGUAAAUUUACGUCCCACCAGCCACAGUCAAAUUUUUGUUUUUUAAUAAUUAUUAUCAUGUCUUUCUUAAUAAAAUUUAAAUUAAAUAUUCA